AUGCCAAAGCCCCACACUAUAAAGUCUCUACAGUCAAUUCUCUAUCUCAUUUCGUCUCUUUCUUCUCUUCUCCAGUCUCUCCGCUUCAGCGGAAUCUUUCCGAAGACGAAUAUAGAGAGCCGUUUCGAUUCUGUCAAGAUUCUGGUUGAUUCUUCUGGGUGUUUGAUUGUGCUCUCUACAAUAUUGUCUCUCAUGGACUCUUCUCCGGAUGGUAGCUCACUGAAACGCAGUGGAAUGAGUGUUGCUGAAAAGAGACAGCUUGUUCAUGAGCUGUCGAAGAAUCCGGAUUUAGCGUUUGGAGUGUUGCAGAAGUGGACCUGCCAGGAGAUUACAGAGGUCUUGUCCGCAGAAUCAGGGAAAGAAAGAAAAUGUAAGGGCUUGACCAAAGCGAAGAUGAUCGACAUCCUCUUGAAGACGGUAACAGAGAGAAAUGGUUCAUCAGCAACGAAAAGAAACUCGAAACGAAAGAGGAAGAACACUCAUCCUUCUCGGUAUGUGGAUCCUACAAGCUUCAAUGUCUCUGCAAGCCCUGAUUCAGCUAGAACGAAAGGCAAAGGAAUCAUCUACUGCAAGAACCUGGCUUGCCAGGCGAUACUGAAACCGGAAGACUUUUUCUGUAAAAGGUGUUCUUGUUGUAUCUGCCACAAGUAUGAUGACAACAAAGAUCCAAGCCUCUGGUUAACCUGCAAUUCGGAUUCUCCAUUCGCCGGUGAAUCUUGUGGCUUGACGUGCCACCUCGAUUGUGCUUUCAAGAGUGAGAAAUCGGGUCUCAAGGAAGAUCAGCCAAGUCAUGGUGUUGAUGGAUGCUUCUACUGUGUCUCUUGUGGCAAAACAAACAGCUUGCUUGAAUGUUUGAAGAAGCAGUUGGUGAUCGCAAAUGAAACCAGAAACGUAGACCAACUUUGUUCCCGUCUCGUCUUGGCUCAGAAGCUUCUGAAAGGCACGGAGAAGUACUUAGCACUGUCUGAAAACGUGGAGAAUGCUGUGGAGAGCUUAGAAACUGAUUUGGGUGGUCCUCUCACUGGUCUUGCACUGGCGAUGCGUAAAGGAAUCGUAAACAGGCUUGGCUCGGCGCCAAAAGUGAAGGAUCUUUGCUCCUCCGCUUUGAAAUCCCUAGAAGAGACACUGCUUGAUGACCAUGCAUUGCCUUGUAAGAUGCAAGGAUCAACGAAGAUCAUAUUCGAGGAUGUCCAAGCGACUUCACUCACUCUGGUUCUUGGUUCCGAAGAAGAACCUUCCUCAUCGGGAAACAUCAUUCGUUACAGCGUAUGGCAUCGCAAGGUCUCAGAGAAUGAUUAUCCAAACAGCUUGACUUGUGCAUUGGUGUCGCCAGACACAAGGUUUACUGUCUCUGGGCUAACUCCAGCUACAGAGUAUUGCUUCAAAGUUGUUUCCUUUAGCGGCGAACAAGAAUCGGGCGUGGAAGAAACCAAAGUCUCUACAAAAACUCACCAAGAAGAAGAAGAAGAACAAGAGGAAUCAACUCUUGUGAACUGCUUAAGCACAAAAGAAGAAGAAGAUGCCAUUAAAGAAGCUGUUCCGAAGGAGAAGGCAGUGAAGGAUGAGAAUUCAGGGUUGGCGCAAUGCGUGAAGAUCAUAAGAGAGCUCGAGUGUUCAGGUCAUGUUGACAAGAAUUUCAGACAGAAGUUUCUGACUUGGUACAGCUUAAGAGCGAGUGCUCAGGAGAGAAACGUUUUCAAGACAUUCAUUGAUGUUCUCAAGGACGAUUCGGUAGCUCUGGCUGAACAGCUCGUUGACACAUUCUCUGAUUGCAUCUCGAGAAAGCGUUCCGCGAUUGGCAAUGGAGCUGGAGGUAGCGGUUGCAGUAGCGUCUGAAGGAGAUUUGGUGAUUUCUAUAAAGUUUUAUUUUUUCUUUUUCUUUUGGAUUCUUAAAGAAAGAUUUCAUUUUUUUUAUAUAUAUCAACUAACAAAGAAUCGUUGAGAUUGUAAAAGCUAAAUGCACAAAAGUGAUAUUUUAUAUCAGUCUCCAUUGAUUCUUAUUGA